CCCAAAACCCCUUUCAGACCCCCCAAAACACCCCCGAGAGCCCCUCAGAACCCGCCAGCCGCUCCCACUCGGGUCAUGAGUUGGUGGCGCUCAGCCCUCAGGGAGCAGAGGCUGGGGGUGUCAUCCCCAGGGGGUCCCCACCAGUCUCACCCACCCGUGGCCCCCAAAAUCUCCCUCUCCCCGCCGCAGCCGCCGCUGCCAUGUCGGCCGAGAACGCCGCGGUGCCGGCCGAGCCCGGGCCGGAGACGCAGAGCGUGGUGAGCCGCGUGGCCAACCUGCCCCUGGUGAGCUGUGCCUGCGGGGCCGUGGCCUCGGCGUACGGGCGCACCAAGGAGCGGCACCCCUGCGUGCGCUCCGUCUGCGAUGUGGCUGAGAAGGGCGUGAGGACACUGACGGCGGCGGCAGCCAGCGGGGCCCAGCCCCUCCUCACCCGGCUGGAGCCCCAGAUUUCCACCGCCAACAAGUUCGCCUGCAGAGGGCUGGACAAGCUGGAGGAGAAGCUGCCCAUCCUGCAGCAGCCCCCCGAGAGGGUGGUGGCCGGGACCAGGGAGCUGGUGUCGGGCACGGUCAGCGGGGCGGUGGCCAGGACGCGCUCGGCGCUCGGGGCCGUGGCGGGCACCAGCGUGGGGCGGCUGCUGGCCACGGGCGUGGGCACCGUGCUGGGCAAAUCAGAGGAGCUGCUGGAUCGGUACCUCCCCGGGACGGACGAGGAGCUGGCAGCGGCAGCAGGCACAGAGGUGGCCACAGGCACAGAGGUGACCACGGGCACGGAGAUGGCCAGGGGCACGGAGGUGACCACAGGCACGGAGGUGGCCAGGGGCACGGAGGUGGCCAGGGGCACGGAGGUGACCACAGGCACGGAGGAGGCCAGGGGCACGGAGGUGGCCAGGGGCACGGCGGUGGCCCCGCAGGAGCGGCAGAGGCGGUGGCAGAGCUACUUUGUCCGCGUGGGCUCCCUGUCAGCCAGGCUGCCCCAGCGGGCCCUGCGGCGCUCGCUGGGUGACCUGCAGCGGGCACGGCUCCGUGCCCAGCGGCUCCUGGCCCAGCUCCACCACGUCAUCCGGCUGAUCGAGGAGGGGCAGCAGGGCACGGACGGGCCCUGGCACAGCAGCCGGGAGCACCUGCACCGCCUGUGGCUGGAGUGGAGCCAGCAGGACACAGUGCCCAUGGAGGACAAUGAGGUGGAGGCUCGGACUCUGGCCAUGCUCCAGGGGCUCCUGCACCAGCUCCACGCCGCCUGCUCCCACCUGGCCACCGGCGCCCAGGCGUUCCCCAGCAGCGUGCAGGAGACGGCGGGACACGUCCGGCACGGCGUGGAGGGCGUCCAGGCUUCCCUGGCCAGCGCCCGCUCCUUCCAGGAGCUGUCGGGGCUGGUGCUGGCGCAGAGCCGGGAGGCGGUGACGCGGGCACAGCUGAGCCUCGAGGGGCUGCUGGAGCACGUGGGGCAGCACACGCCCCUGCCCUGGCUCGUGGGACCUUUCGCCCCCGCGCUCGUGGAGUACCCGGAGGAUGUCCCGGUGGAUAUGUCCAAGUGGGAGGGCUGUGUCACCGUGGGGGGGACGCACCGGGUGCCCGCUGCCCCCCAGGUCUGCAGCCGGCACUGAGUCACCGGUGCCACUGAGCUGGGGGAGCAGCACCCAUGCAGAGGCACGAACCCCAAUCCCACCGGGAAUGAGGGGAUGAUGGAGCUGGUGACCCGGCGUGGGACCCCCCAGUGUCACGGCCGGGGACUCCUGUGGGGAUGGUGGCACGUGGAGGACACAGUGUGAGUCUGUCUGGGAUCCAGCGCUGCCCUAAGCCCCAGGAAUACUGGAAUUUCGUGUCUUAACAGCUUCAAACCAGUUUAAAGAGGAAGAAAACAACUUUUUUGGCCUUAAAA